AUGGCCGCUAUCAAGUCUCUCAUGACCCGCGACUCGGUCGCUCACCUCGCCAAGCGCCAGAACUGGGCUGCUCGUGAGCCCGGUGUUAUUGUUGUCUUCUGUAUUGUUGGUGUUGUUGCCAUUGGUCUUCUUGGCCUCUUCCUCUACAAGAAGGCUAUUGCCCGCAAGGCCAACAAGGCCUCCGCUGUCUAA